UGUCGCCUGAGCUGCUGCUCCGCUGGGAGAAAAAUGUUAGGAACUGUUUGGGGCUGCUGAGUCCAUUCCGAGGAGGACAAAAGAACACAAUAAGAUUACAGAGUGGAAACACCUGUUAACGCUUCAAACGGUUGCAGAGCCACAAACUGAUUCACCAAGAUCGACCUUUUCCUCAUGAAAACCAACCCACAUGGCGUGUUGACCCUCACACACGCUGCAAACACACACCACCCAGGCCAUGUCUCAGUCCCAAUCUGGUGCUAAGGUGUGCGACUGGCUGAGCAUGCUGCACUUGGAGCAGUACGGCGAAGCAUUCCAGGAGGCUGGGCUAGCAACGUUACAUGAGUGCCGCGACCUUACGCCAGAUCGGCUAGACCGGAUGGGAAUCACGCCUCCAGGUCAUCAGAAACGAAUCCUGGCAAGCCUUAACAAAAUGAUUGGUAGUUUUGAAGACUACCCUAACCUUUUACAGCCUGAGAGAUCUGAGCCGACCUGUCAUCCUGAGGUUAUGAGGUUAGAGAGGCCUGUGCCUUCGCAAAGGAAAGUGGAAAGCGAUAAAAUGGAUGUAGUUACAGGGAGACCAACACCCAGAGAGAGGGACAAACCAGUCCCAAGGCAGAGAAAUGUGUCCAACAUUAAAGACAACAGUAUGGAACAAAGAGAACCGAAGCCCGUUCCUCAACAAAGACACCCAGCUCCUGAAAGAGGAAAGGAGGAGGAGAAGAGUGGAGCGCCGGAUGAAAAAAAGGCUAAACCGGUACCAAAGGAGAGGACUAAGUUUCGUUCUGGUACUUCAGUAAACUGUCCAUUUAUAACUGUUGCGUCUCCACUGUCUGACAUUUCUCUACCGCCUGUCCCGCCGCGCAGCACCCCUAACUGUCCCCCGCAGCGCUUCACCUCAUCUCCUGGUCAACACUGUGGCUCCUCGGACAACACUGUUCCUGUACCUCCGGAAGUAAAGUGCAGGUCUUCAUCCCAGAAUUCCUCCCCCAUCACCAGCCUUGUUUCUACAGAAGCAACGGAUCAAACUCCCAGCCUCCCUUCUUGCCUAACUAGGCCUCAGACAUUAGCCAUCCAGCCGGCUACCCAAUCUUUGGGGAGGGAAGAAAUCAGAAAAGCUUCACCUAUCUCCUCAUCUUCGUCUCCCACUGAGGACAGACACAUCCCACCUCUUCCUCCAAAAGUAGGACCUAAAGGUCCACCUCCCAUCCCUCAGCGGGUUCCUCUACAAUCUCCUAAAACACACAGCCCCUCUGCAACCAAGACUGGAACUGAGGAGCUGAUCCAGAGAAACACCACUCCGCAGAUCCCACUUCGCAGCAGGACGCCGCAAACACAGGAAAACAGCCAGCUGUCCGCUCAGCCUGAAUCACAGCCCGCUCUGCCUGCAAGGAGGAUCUGCAAACCUCCUUUUCCUAUUUCGGUCGAUGACAGUUCUGAUGACUACGUGGACUCAGACCUGUUUAACUCCGGUGUUCAGCAAAAGAAGGUGGCAGACAGGGACAUGUCCCUGCAAGUGCCCAAUCACCAUAAGGAGCGGAUCUGUUCUCUUUAUAGUGACGAUGAGAUUUUAGAUGAAGAUGACCGCAGCUCCCCUCCCUGGCCGAAUGAUAGCAGCAAGUCUAGCUUCUGCCUGCCUCAAACCGGCAGACUUUCUCCAUCCAUCAAGGAAGACAGUUCCCAACUCGCUGCUGUCAUCAAGAUGGGAUGGCUGGACAAGAAUCCACCACAGGGAGCUCUUUAUUACCAGAGACGAUGGGUUAAGCUAGAUGUUGACUAUCUGAGAUACUUUGACAAUGAGAAGGAGGUGUAUUCCAAGGGGCUCAUCUCUACAGCGUUUAUCACUAGUGUAUCCAGUGUGGGGGAACUGAAGUUUGAAGUUGCCACAAACAACCGAACAUUUAUCUUCAGGGCUGAAAGUGAAACUGAGAGGAAUGAAUGGGUGUGUGUACUACGGGAUUGCACCGGGGGGCGCCACCGCCAAAGCAGCUUGACCAGUGGCUCACCCUUGGCUCCAGAUUAUCAGGGCUAUCUGGAGCUCAGAGGACUUCGCUCCAAGCUUUACACUGUUGUUGCUUCGGAUAAAGUCUUCCUCUAUAAAAACAUAGAUGAUUAUCGUAUCGGAGUGGGAAUCACAUCCAUUGACAUGAAUGUUGGAAAUGUGAAGGACUCAGAUCGCCGUAGCUUCGAUCUCACCACACCUUACCGCAUAUUCAGUUUUAUAGCAGAAUCAGAGCAGAUGAGGGAGCAGUGGGUAAAAGCCAUGAGGGAAGCCAUAGGAGAGGCGUUAUCCAACAGUGAGGUCGUCGAGCGGAUCUGGGCGGAGCCUAGCAACAGUUCCUGCGCGGACUGUGGCGCACCAAAGCCAGACUGGGCAGCCAUCAACUUGUGUGUGGUGAUCUGCAAGCGAUGUGCAGGAGAACACAGAGGACUUGGUCCCAGCAUCUCUAAAGUACGAAGUCUGAAGAUGGAUAAGAAGGUGUGGACUGAGGAGCUUAUUCAGGUUUUCUUAGGGCUUGGUAACGAGCGGGUGAACAGUUUCUGGGCUGCUAACAUCCCGCCAAGUGAAGCUCUAUCGCCCUCCAGUGGCAGCGAGGACAGACGGCGUUUCAUCACUAACAAAUACCGCCAGGGCAAAUACCGGAAAUACCAUCCACUGUAUGGAAAUCAGAGGGAGCUCAACAAUGCCCUCUGCAUAAAUGUGCAGUGCAGUGAUUUGUUGGAGACGCUGAGCCUGAUUUUCUGCGGCGCAGAUGUGAAUUGUUCAACCGGCAUGGCAAGUUGUCCAACCCCUGAGUCCCUGGCCAGCGCUCACUCCCAGCCCCUGCAGGCCGAGCUACUUCGACAUAACCUCAACACAGAGCUUCCCCAGCUACAGGUGGAUGGGGGUAUGGAUCUGGAACAUUACCAACCACCACCUACUGUGUCUUACAAUGGAUUUCUGCAUAAAACGGCGUCCAUGGGGCGGGCGGUCACCGAACGCAAAGUAAAAGAGGACUUUAGUCGCCGCUGGUGCACGUUGAAUGACGGCACCUUCAGCUACUAUGAAAGUGACAAGAACGCGAUCCCUAACGGGACGCUGAAGGAUUCGGAUAUCGUCUGUUUGGCCGUCGAUGCGCCUGAUAAACACGGGUUUGAGUUUACCUUUGAACUCUACUCAGAGUCUGACCGCCUUUACCUGUUUGGCACUGAUGAUCCAGACAGCCACAAGGAGUGGGUCAAGUGUAUCGCCAAGAGCUUUAUUCCAGCUUCCGCAGAGCCUUUGCUGAGGCUUAGCUUUGAGCGGAUUGGACGGCUGAAGUGUAAAGACGGCUUGAAUUUGCAGCAAUCCAAGGUGGGCUGGUUCGCUCUGACUGGCUCUACUCUUCACGUCUACCUGGAAAAAAACAAGGGCGAGGAAAUCCACCUGCGUAAACUCAACGAACUUUCAAUUCAACAAGACAAUGAAGUGUUGGUUCUUGUGGAGAAAGGCAGGACUCUGUACAUUGAGGGAGAGAGGAAGUUGGACUUUGCUGGCUGGUGUGCCGCCAUCCAGGCAGCUGCAGGGAGCGGCGGAGACACGCUGAGCCAGCAGCAGCUCACAGAAACAGAUAUACCCGUCAUAGUGCUGAGCUGCAUCGACUACAUCACACAGUGCGGCUUGACCUCAGAGGGGAUUUACCGAAAAAGCGGCGUGAACUCCCGUGUGGCAGCUUUAUGUGAAAGAUUUCGCCAAGAUGCUCGCAGUCUCCGUCUGAAGGAAGGAGAGCAUCAAGUGGAUGACGUUUCCAACACUCUCAAGCGCUUCUUCAGGGACUUGGAGGAGGGGCUAUUUACAACUGAGAAUGGCUCUAACUGGCUCGGUGCCACUGCCAUCCAGGAUGAAAAUGAGAAAAUCUCUGAGUACAAGGUCCUGUUGGACAGACUUCCUCGCGUCAACAAGGCUACACUACAAGCCCUCAUCAAUCACCUCUACUGCGUGCAGCGUUUUGCUGACUUAAAUCAGAUGAAUCUCCACAACCUGGCCAUAGUGUUUGGUCCCACUCUGUUCCAAACCGACGGGAAGGAUUACACUGCAGGCCGAGCCAUAGAGGACCUCAUUCAGCACUACAUACUCAUAUUUGAGGUGGAUGAGCAGCAGCUGAACAAGCAGCUGGAGGAGAUCAAAGCCAUCAUCAAAAUGCGGGAAAAACUCAACACCAAGUUUCCUAUACAUCCUAGAACCGAAGGCGAUGGCCACUUCAUCUGCACCGUCUAUCUGGAAGAGCUGAAAGCCACAGCAGAGCAGCACGUAAAGAUUCCAGGUUCAAUGACUGCAGCAGAGCUGGCGUAUGAGGUUCUGGACCGGCGUAACAUUCCAGUCAAGGAAAAGGAUUACUGGAGCUGCUGGGAAGUCUGCGAAAAGGAAGAAAUUGAACGUCCCCUGCAUUAUCAGGAGCGGGUCUUACCCAUCCUUCACUCUGUUGGCAAUGAGUCUCUUCUACUCAUCAAGAAGCAGCCUGCUAUGGACGCCAUGAUCACCUAUCUUGGCACUAAAGUGGACGUAUCCAAACAUGGGAUGAUGAAAUUCAGAGAGGAGCGAGCAUUCCUGGGUUUGGGGCUGCCCACCGGAAAUUUCCACGAUCGAUUUUUCAUUCUCAACAGCACUUCUCUCAGAAUGUACAAGGAUGUUAGGAGUAACAAGCCAGAACGGGAUUGGGGGGUGAAGAACUUGAAGAUUUAUUUGGGGAUCAAGAAGAAGCUCCGUCCUCCUACAUGUUGGGGUCUGACUGUUGUGUACGAGAGCAAGAAACAAGACAAGCCAGAGAGACAACAAUGGUAUCUCUGCUGCGAAACCCAAACGGAAAUGAGGGAGUGGUAUGCCACAUUUCUUAGUAUUCAGUACGAAGGCAACCUGUGGCCCCAGGAUGGACUCCAGCAGAGCCGGGUGAGCCGCGUGCUGCCGGACACGCGUCAUGGUAACGUGUCACUGAUCCCAUUGCGUGGCAGUGAGAAUGAGAUGCGGAACAGCGUAGCAGCUUUCAGCCAAGACGCGCUUGCUCUCCUUAGAGAUGUGCGAUAGCGCUCACAGCAAUGGCAACAGCAAGGAAGGAGAAGCUCAACGGAUGGCCUCUGAAUAUUCGAGGAACUUCUACGCCUUGCGGUGGUGUGAGCAGAGCAAUGGACACUCCCGGAGCACGGACUCCUCAUUUUAAAUGUGAACUUGCAUCUCCACCCGGCAGGACAGAGAAGAAAAACAAUAAAACAAAGGCAGGAUACUGUGAGAAACCUGUCCUGGACCACUUUCCAUUAACUGAUGAAUAUUACUGGAUGGAUGGGUGGAUGGAGUGAUGGCAUUAAAAAGAAAGUCAGGAAUAAACCACACAGGCUUCACAAGCUGUUUCCAGCUUGCAGCAGGUCCCCAUUGUUCACUGGAGUCACAAACAGACACUGCAAAAAUUGCACAAACUUUAUCCCUGUGGUGCAUUUGCUCCAGAUUUAUCGUCGGCACAGAAACUAGGUGCCUAAAAGUAUUUUUUUACUAAAGGUUUAAAAGUUUUGUAGCAGACUUUGUUUUUUUUUUUAAAUUCAUUUUAAAUAUGAUGACUUUGGAAAUCAGCUAUUUAAUUGCAUAGCAGGGAGCUGAGCAGCUGCCCUAAUGGGAGGCUGAGAUCAGAGGAGGUUUAUAUCUGAUUUCUGCUGGACUGAGACUCAGACACGCCUGAUGAUGGACCAACAUCUGCAUCUCUGCUAGAAACUCCCACAGCAGCUUCAUCAAAUGUGUCGUUUGUGUUGAAUUGGGCCCAGUCUGAUGGUUUGUAACAUAUUAGCUUAGGAAUGCUGAGGUAAGUCCAUCCUUAACUAAAAAGAAAAAGAACCAUUUUCUACAAUAAUGAUAAAGUUUUUAUAGCUCCAAAUUUGGUAAACCAUAAAAAUAUUAAAGAAGUGCCUAAUUUGUUGUUGAUUUUGUGAUUCAGAUAACCCUUGAGCACCUUAAAAAGGUUCUUUUUUCUUCUAAGCGUAUUUACUUAUUUAAACCAGAAGUGAUGUUGUAUAUUUGUCUCGGCUGUCUUAUUCCUCUUUGUCGUUUUUUUUCUUAUUGGUUGUGUUGCAUUGAUGAGUCGUUUCUCAUUAACCUGCAGUAUAUCCGAGGGUUUAAAUCACAAAUUUAUUGCUCUUAAUUUAACAAAUGUCUUUGUCAACAAUGACAGUGAAAGUGUUUUUAUUGUUUGUGGCAAACAUGUAAACUGUUAAGCUCAUGAAACUAAUUAAAAUGCACUGCAGUGUCUUAUUUAAUACUCCAGGGUUUGGAUUAUUUUUGUCGAAAGGAUUUAUUUCCUUGUUUUCUUAGUGCCACCUGUAUGUUUACCUUCGUUUAAAGAUUGAUUUCUUUUGGCAGCAGAAGACACUAGAUGCUGCUCUGUCAGUCGGGUUUGUUCAGCUUCAUUGUUAUUAUUUCUAACUAAAAUGUUAGAAAAAAAUCCUUUCAUCUGGAAGUUUCUCAGAGUUCAAAAUGUAAGAUUUUUUUUUUAACAUCCACUAUAGUUAACAAUUUAUUUGUACAAUAUCGUGUUUUCCAGCAACUUAUUAAAUGUACAAUAAAACAUCUUACUGGAGAUGUUUCCGUGUAGCAGAAGGAAUCUGAUAAGGUAAAUCCAAGGAAAGUAAUAAUAAUGUUCAAUAAAUCUGUGAGCUCCUUUCUGAUUCAUAGAUUAAUAAUUGGAUAAUGAAAGGUGCUUAAUAGAUUUUCUUUUUCCAAUAGAGGUAAAGCUUAAAGAAUCACAAUUAACUCCUUGAUGAAGCAUAUUUAGGUUUUCACCCUAAAUGCAAAAUG